ACGGGCCGCGCUGCGAUGAUGUCACCGUCCGAGGAGGAGACGGCCGCGGCGCUCGGAGAAAAGUGUCCGUCGGGCCGCGGCCGCGUCAGACAGCGCGUGGACGCCGGUGAGGUGAGGGGUCCCCUGCCGGUGCCUGUGGCUGCAUUCUCUCCUCUGCGCCCGUGGUUCCCGGGCUGCGGCAGUGCGGUGGCGCCCUUCAGUCCCGUGUGCUGGAUGUCUCCGGGAGUGCUGGCGGCCGCGGGCGCUCACUGUGCCGCCGGGAUGGGCGUCAGUCAGGUGGAGCGACUCGCCGGAGCGCCCGGCGUCAACAACGUGCUGCUGCGCGACAUCCUGGCGCGCGGCGCAGUCGGCGCGCCGCCGCCCGAGCUCGAGCCGCGCCGGCGCUCUCCGGCCGAGCCGUCGGCGGAGGUGCAGGCCGACAGCAGCCAGCAGCCGCCCGACGACGAUCCCGACGAACACGAGGAGGGAGACGAAGAGACAGAGCACGACGAGCUGCUCGACUCGCCGCCCGCCUCGCCGGCCGAGUCUGAGAAAAAGUCCCGUCUGGAGAGCAUCGUCUCAGGGAUGCGUCCCGGCGCGGGUUCACCCACCCCCAUCAACGGCUGCAAGAAGAGGAAGCUCUACCAGCCGGUGCAGCAUGAGACGGGUCCGCGGGGUGACGGUGGCACCGACGGCGCCGAUGGCAGCGAGGAUGACGCCGACACUGAGGCACCUACCGAUAAACGUCACCGGCCCGAGUCGGAGGACGUGAUCCAGAGCCAGCUGAAGUCGGUGCAGAGCCAGCUGGAGAUGAUGCAGGAGAGAUACGCCCAGCUGUACCGCGGGGGUGGUGACGGGGAGCGUCGUCCGGAACCUGGCGCAGAGCUGGACUUGUCACGCCGGCCGCCGCAGCCCUCGCCCGAGAAGGCACGCGAUGACGCCGCCACGCGUCCCGUUCCGGCCCUGCAUAAGAUCGAGGCAGAACAGGCGGCCGCCGGUAGCUUCCUUGACUAUGCGCGCCGCGUGCUGGCUGCCGACCCACGGAAUAAGGAGAACGAGCGCCGCUCCGAGCCGCUGCCGGGUCGUCUGCUGCGCGCCGCCGCGGCGCCCGACGUCGAGGGACUCGCUGACGCGCUCAAGGUGGAGCUCACCCAGUCUCUAGCCGGCCUGAUCGACUCCAUCGUCUCCAAGUGGGCUCAGCAGAGGAAGAAGGAGGCUGAGCCGCCCGUGGAGCGACGCUCGCCUCGCGCUGAGAUCCUCCGGCGCAUGCACGGCGGUCGCUUCCCCGGCCUGUCACCGCCGUUCGGUGCGCCCGAUGGUCUGUCUCCGUUUGGUCUGUCGGGUCUAGGUGGUCUGCGGCCGCCAGCGACCAUGCCUCCCCUGUUCCCGAGCUCCAGACCUGCUGGACUGGGAGGGGGUCUGGGGAGUCCAGUGUACAGCGGGGCUGGCGCGCUGCCCUACAGCCUCCAGGCGCUCAGGGAGUCGAUGCAACAACAGCAACAGCAACAGCAACAGCAACAGCAACAGGAGCAGCAGCAGCAGGAGGCUGACGAGGGUCCUCUCAGCCUGGUGAUGACACCCAAGAAGAAGCGUCAUAAGGUGACGGACACGCGGGCGGCGGGCCGUCCGGGAGGCCGGCUGGACGACGGCCGCCCCGAGUCUCCGCCCGGUCACCCGUUCGGGUCUGUGCCGCCGCCGCCGCCGCACCUACUACCCAGCUCGCUGCCCACCUCGGUGGCCAUCCCCAACCCGAGCCUGCAGGAGUCGCACUUCUUUGCCGGCUAUCCGCACUACCAGCGGCCCACGAGCGGUGAGCGGCGCGGCUCGCCCAGCCCGGGCCUGCUGCAUCCGGCGCUGCUGGCCGGAGGCCGCCGCUCACCCUCAGACAGUCUCGGCUACAGACGUGAUACGCCAGACCGCUCCGACUGCAACUCGCUCGAGAGCGGCUACGACGGACAGCGGUCGUCGCUGGCGGCAUUCUCCAGCCGCAUUGACGCUCGCUCGGGCCUGUCGCUCGCCUCGGAGCACUCGUCGACGCUGACGCCGAUGCACCUGCGGAAGGCCAAGCUGAUGUUCUUCUGGUCACGCUACCCGAGCUCGUCCAUCCUCAAAUCGUACUUCCCCGACAUCAACUUCAACAAGAACAACACGGCCCAGCUCGUCAAGUGGUUCAGCAACUUCCGGGAGUUUUUCUACAUUCAGAUGGAGAAGUACGCUCGCCAGGCGCUGAGCGAGGGAGUGAAACAGGCGGAGGAGCUCACUGUGACGGCCGACUGUGAGCUGCUCCGAGUGCUCAACCUGCACUACAACCGGAACAACCACAUCGAGAUUCCGACAAACUUUCCGUUCGUGGCCGAGGCGGCGCUGCGCGAGUUCUUCCGCGCCCUGCAGGCCGGCAAAGACGCCGAGCCCAGCUGGAAGAAGGCCAUCUACAAGGUGAUUGCGCGGCUCGACGAGAACGUCCCCGAGUACUUCCGACUACCCAGCUUCCUAGAGCAGCUCGAGUAGACGUACAGAAACCCAGCGGACGAGGAGAGAGCACAGAGGAAAACAGAGCGUCAGAUACUGGGCGCGGAUCGUGAAUCGGCUGCCAUAGUCUGUACAGAAGGCUCCGCGGAGCCGCCACUGAGCACGGCCCACCGAAUGAGUACCCUAGUCACCGCGCACGUAGUGGCCCCCUAGCGGGCCGCGCCGCCCGCCCGGCCCUUCUAGUCACGAUGAGCGUCGCGCCCGCGGCCGCCCCCUGGUUGUUACUGGCGCCGUCAGCGCGUGUUGUUGCCGUGUUGUUGAGAGAGCUGGCAGAGCCGGGCCCCUGUAGGGCUCCCAGUCGCAUACUCCAUAUCAUUCAUUCCGAGGUAGGCGUUAUUUCUGACCGAACGUGCUGCCGGCGCAGUUCAGAUGACAUAGAUGGAUGCGUUGUCGGUUGUGGUACGCGAGGCAGCGUUAGAGACGUUCGUACAUUGAGUGAAUGAGAGUGUGAUUAUUCGGGGGCUGGGUGGACGCCCCGCAGUUGUACACGUGGUCCGCUGCUUAGUCGGACAAACACGUUUGCCCCUAUAUGAUGGAGCGCGAGGCGACAUCACCUAAGACAUGUUGCGUAAGACAAUGGAUGUGCUAGCUGAUAGAAUACACCUCAUAUGAAUGGUUAAUACAGUUUAAACCGAG